GCUGCCCUCGCCCCGGCAGAGACCGCGGCCCCGCCGGUCAGUGCGGCCCGGGGGGACCCGGGGCGCCCCGAGAGGAGCGGCCGGGGCGAUGCCAACGCCGUGUUCCCCGCGCAGGACGAGCAAGGAGCGGGCGCGGGCGGGCGCGGGGGGGUCCCGGGGGGCCCCGCUGCAGCACAGCUUCCUCACCGAUGUGUCCGAUGUGUGCGAGAUGGAGGGGGGGCUGCUCGGCCUCCUCAGCGACUUCCACUCGGGAAAACUGCAGGCGUUCGGGAAGGAGUGCUCCUUCGAGCAGCUGGAGCACGUGCGGGAGAUGCAGGAGAAGCUGGCCCGGCUGCACUUCGGGCUGGACGUGUGCGUGGAGGAGCUGCCCCAGGAGCAGAAGAAGGCGGCGGCCGACAGGAACCUGGACCAGCUUCUGGCACACCUGGAAGAGCUCAGCAGCUCCAUACAGAAGCUGCACCUGGCCGAGAGCUCGGACCCCGAGGACGCUGCGCCCUGACCCUUUGCCUGUCCCUGUCCCCGAUCCCGUCCCUGUCCCCGCGCCCCCCUGCCAGGCCCGGCCGGGCC